AUCGACAAACUGCCUCGGAUCGAUAUGACGAUACUUUUAGUGCUGUGGUCUACCAGUAUGCAAAAUGGUAGCUGAAACGGAAGGAGAUUAUUAGUUCGAGGAAUGCAUUUUUGCUGAGAGGAGGAAUUUUUCUAUUAGAUUUAAUGAUUCUCGUCCAGCUAUAAGAGGCCGGUUGAAAGAACAGCGGUUUGACAAUCAUGAAGUGUAUUAUAUUAUUGUGGUUCGGUUUACAGGCAACCUUUUGCCACUGCGAAGAUCAUGCAACGGCGACAUUCAACCAGAAACAAACAUCCACUGCCUUUGGAUUCGAUGGAGUCACCAAAACUCCCAACUAUCAUCACAGUACCUGUUACUGCGAUGUGGAAAUAUACAUACAUUCGGACCAAGAGCGAAAACAACGAUCCCCGAGUCCGGUUAGUGUGUGCUAUUGUUGUGACUGUGUAUCCUAUAGUUUUGAUGAGUACGGGAAUCCUAAAUUCCACUGCCAGGACACAGUGUUGAGCGAAGAUGGAAGCAAUCAAUCCAUUGGAAAAAGACAGAUAUCUAUCCGGAAUUCCCAACAGCAGCGGCUCAGAAACUUCCGCAGGGCACAUGUGUCUGCGACUCGAAGGCAAUUCAACAAUCCGAGAUUGGUGAAACGUUCGAAGCGCUCUCCCUUCGAUUGGGACAAUUUUUUCGACAAGAUAUCAUUGAUGGGAAGUCAUGACAGUACUUACACCAAACGCACAGAGGGUUAUUUCCAUUACAACUUCGCUAAAAACAAAAGCACUACCGCUGCACCCACAACCACUGCCACUUCCCCUACCGAUACGGGUUAAGAUCACUGAGUGUGUAUUGGUAAAUAGUUACAAUAGAAAAAUCAGAAUUUCUCAAAAAUAUAAAUUUAGAAAAUGUUCGAUGAAUUACAAGAUUAUAGGGGACGAGAAAUGUUCGGAUUUCAUUAUAAGGUAAAUGAUUUUGGGUUGUCCAGUCGAAAAUAUGAUCAUGGUUUGUCCACUUUUUUGAAUGCUCUAAUUCAGCAAACCUUUGUCAAAUCAGGUAUUCGAAUGUUUCAAGACAUUUAAAUAAAAUUGUCUUUUUCAUGA